GCGGCGCAGGGUGGCGCUGCUGGGCUGCUUACGGAUCCAAAUUUAUCUCAGUUUUCCGCAUUGCUGCCGCAUCCAAACCCAGGAUCAUGGCGUCGCCCCUCGGUCGGCUGGCCAGGCUGUCGCUGUUUAGAAAUGCUCGCGUUUCUCAGCUGAGCUCAUCUAACGGGACAGGGACGGCCGUGACGCCGUGCCGGACGGCCGUGUCCACGACGUCCGGAGCCAUUCUGCCAAAACCCAAGAAGACCUCCUUCGGCCCAAUCCGGAUUAUGCUGGUAGUGGUGCCCUUCUUGUAUGUGGGGACUCAGAUCAGCAAGAAUUUUGCAGCACUGCUGGAGGAGCAUGACAUCUUCGUCCCUGAGGAUGAUGACGAUGAUGACUGAAGGGUCUGCAUGCUCUCUGAUCACCUUAAAAACAAAAAACAAAAACACUUGGAUGAAUCUACGAGCCUCGGAAUAGACAAAUCAAGGAUUUUUCACUCAGCUAUGCCUUCCUGGACGUCCCUAUGCUGCAUUCUUCAGUCACCUCUACCUGCCUUGUAUACAGAGUUUUAACUGUUUGACCCACCACAGAAGAGACAGUGCUUGUCCCAACUGGUGAUCUUGUACUGUAUUUGCAUGCACUGUAAAGUCUUAAUAAAAAACACUAACAAGUGCAAACAUUCAGCG